AUGCUGUUCAGAUUUCUGUCUGAACGAGCUACAGCAGAUCGUAACUAUGCUCUUUCAUAUUUUAUGAAGGAGAUGAAAUGCUUUCCACCUGAGACAACUUCAUUAACGGAUGCGAUCGAUUUCUACUUUCAACUGUGCUCCAUUGAAGGCAACUGUGAAUCGCUGAGUGUAAUGGCAGCCACUCUUGCUAACGGAGGUGUCUGUCCUAUUGCGAACGAGAAAUGUAUCGAUACGAAUCCAUGCAGAGACGUGUUGUCGCUGAUGUACAGCUGUGGUAUGUACGAUGCUUCGGGACAGUUCUCCUUUGCGGUUGGGCUGCCGGCAAAGUCUGGUGUGUCCGGAGGAAUGAUUGUGGUGGUGCCGAAUGUGAUGGGUAUCGCUUUGUGGUCACCUCCGCUCGAUAAAAUGGGAAACAGCUCUCGCGGAGUGGCAUUUUGUAAAAAACUCAUAGAAAAGUUCAACUUCCACAACUACGACUGCUUACUUCAUACGACAUCGAAUAAAGUGGAUCCAAGACGUCGUGAUCACAGGGAACGGGACAACGUAUUGCCAGCUAUGAAUGUGGCUCGGUCAAAGGAUAUGGUGGCUUUAAGACGGCUCUACAUGCAAGGUGUUGAUCUUUCGGCAUGUGACUACGAUCGGCGAACACCUUUGCAUGUCGCUUCCUGUGAAGGUGAUCUCACCAUGGUGAAAUUUCUUGUGAAUGUCGCCAAAGUUGACGUGAACGUGCAAGACCGAUGGGGUCGUUCUGCUCUUGACGACGCUCGGUUCUUCAAACACGAUGAUUGCGUACAGUUCCUCGAAAAAGCUACCAAAAAGGUAAAUCUGUGUUCGAUAAAUACGUAG